AUGACAGAAGGAACUAAUUCUGUCAGUGAUGUAGGACCUUUGGUAACACCACCCAGAUCUGGAGAUGUUAUAUCUCCACAUCGUGCAGUGUUAACAUUGUCAAAGUCAAUGCUCAAUGCCGGUUGUUUUUCAUUACCUUUAGCUUGGCAUCUUGGAGGUUUAUGGAUGUCUUUUUUUCUUACAUUUAUAAUUGCUGGUUUUAAUUGGUAUGGUAAUCAUAUACUUGUUAAAUCAUCCCAACAUUUAGCAAAAAAAUCUUCACGAACCUCACUUGAUUAUGGUCAUUUUGCCAAAAAAGUUUGUGACUACUCAAGUAUACCAUUUUUAAAUAGAAAUAGUAAAAGAAUCAUGUAUAUUGUUAAUAUAACAAUUCUUUUUUAUCAACUUGGUAUGUGUAGUGUUGCAAUAUUAUUUAUUUCAAAAAAUAUGACAAAUCUUUUGGGAAGUUAUAUUGGUGGAACACCAUAUUUUCAGAUGGUUGUAAUGGCAACAAUUGCAACAAUAUUUAUUUUAGCAACAAAUAUGUUUACAGAAAUGCGUGUUAUUUCUAUAUUUGCAAUGAUAUCUUCAAUAUUUUUUAUUAUUGGAACAAUUAUAAUUAUGCAAUAUACAGUUACAAGAAAAAAUAUAUGGUAUAAAUUACCAGCAUAUACAAAUUUAAAAGAUACAAUGGUUUUUAUUGGUAUUUCUAUGUAUUCAUUUGAGGGACAAACAAUGAUAUUACCAAUUGAAAAUAAAAUGGAAAAUCCAUCAGAAUUUUUGGAAAAUUUUGGUGUUCUUCCAACAACAAUGAUGUUAUGUACAAUUUUUAUGACUGCUUUAGGAUUUUUUGGUUAUACUAGUUUUGGUGAUGAAAUUCAUCCAACAAUUACAACAAAUAUGCCAAAAACAGGAUUAUAUUCUGUGGUCAAUGCUUUUUUAAUGAUUCAAUCUAUCUUAGGACAUUCUAUUGCUAUGUAUGUAGUUUUUGAUAUGUUUACAAAUGGUUUUAAAAGAAAAUUUACCGCCCGAUUCCCAAAUGUUCAUAAAGAAGUUGUUGAUAAAGGAUUUAGAAUAUUUUGGGUUAUGUUAACAUAUUUUAUGGCAAUUCUUAUUCCUCAACUAGAAACAAUGAUAGCUCUUGUUGGUGUAACUUCUGGAACAUUAUGUGGUUUAGUUUACCCACCACUUUUUCAAAUUAUUACAUUUUGGGAUGAUUGGAAAUUAUCAUUUACUAAAAGACAUAGAUAUAUAAGAAUUGGAAUUAAUGUUGCUGUAAUAUGUGUUGGUAUAUUUGCUAUAUUUGCUGGAUUAUAUGCUAAUAUUUCAAGAGCAAUUGAAGAAAAAGUUUAA